CACCCCCCACCCCCAGCUCUCCACGGCAGUUUCUCAGUGAAAGGCGGAUUGCCAGCGCCCCAUCCUCCAGCCAGGGAAACACACACACAGGGAGUGUCCCCCUGCCGAGAUUUCCUCCUCCUUCAGCCUCAGGUGUCAGCUGGGCUGAUCUCCCAAGUGAUGGACCGUGCAGACUGUGUGUGUAGGUGUCAGAUGGUGAGCGGUUGAUGUACCAGUGGCGGCUGGGGAGCGAUGGAUUGGUGAUAGGGACCAUGCUGGAGGAGCCGGCAGGCAGUGGCUGUAACGGGAGCUGUAACGGCUCGGACUCCCAGGAUGGUCAGGGCUACUCCGUCCAGGCGGCCGUGGCGCUCACCUCGGUGGUCGGCCUCAUCAUGAUGGUCACCAUCUUCGGCAACGUGCUGGUUGUCAUCGCUGUGUUCACCAGCCGGGGGCUGAGGGCUCCCCAGAACCUCUUCCUGGUGUCUCUGGCCGCGGCGGACAUCCUGGUUGCUACCCUGGUGAUGCCCUUCUCCCUGGCCAAGGAACUGAUGGGUUACUGGUACUUUGGGAGAGUUUGGUGCGAGAUCCACUUGGCCCUGGACGUCCUGUUCUGCACGGCUUCCAUUGCGCAUCUCUGUGCCAUCAGCCUGGACAGAUACUGGUCCAUCACCCAGGCUAUCGAGUAUAACUUGAAGAGAACUCCCAAAAGGAUCAAGUGCAUCAUCGUGAUCGUGUGGGUGAUCGCUGCUGUGAUCUCCUUCCCUCCCCUCAUCACCAAUGGGAACAAGCCGGACUCACAGGGAAAGCCCGAGUGUGAGAUUAACAACGAGGUCUGGUACAUCAUCUCCUCCUGCAUCGGCUCCUUCUUCGCCCCCUGUAUCAUCAUGAUCCUGGUUUAUGUCCGGAUUUACCAGAUCGCCAAAUCGAGAACCAGGCAGCCGCCGGGCAGGAAGACGGAGCCGGACCACAAGCACAACGGGGUCCGCCAGAAGGAGCCUCCCAAGGCGGUGAACGGCGAGCAGAACGGCGCCCGGGCGGCGGAGGCGAACGGCUUCGGCGUGGAGGAGUCCUCGUCCUCCGAACACCAGGAGAGUCACUGUAAGGCGAAAAAGAGGAAACCCCAGCCCCUCAAGGCCACGGGGAAAGUCAAGUCCGUCCAGGGCAAAGUGGUGAGCAGCCUGGUCAAAGCUGAGAACGGAGACACUUCCCACGGAGGCCGCUGGAAGGGUCGCCAGAACCGGGAGAAAAGGUUCACCUUCGUCCUGUCGGUGGUAAUCGGAGUCUUUGUAAUCUGCUGGUUCCCGUUCUUCUUCACCUACUCCCUGAGCGCCAUCUGCCCCGAGCUCUGCCUCGUCCCCGAGAGACUUUUCAAAUUCUUCUUCUGGUUCGGUUACUGUAACAGCUCCGUCAACCCGGUCAUUUACACCAUCUUCAAUCACGACUUCAGGAAAGCUUUCAAAAAGAUCCUGUGCAGAGGCAACCGCAGGCAAAAAGUCUAACUGUCCACCUGGGUAGGGUGGCUGUACAGCGACCAUGUGGCCUGUUCGUGUUCCGCCGUAUUAUUUAUGAAAUGUGACAUUGAGUUCAGAAUAAAAGGGAGCUUUGUGUUUUUGCA